UCAAAAUUGUCCAGCUCUUUAUAAACCCGAUGAAGCUAUCUAUUUUCGUUUGUACGUCUAAUGCGUGAACAAUCAGCGCUGGUCCUAUAAAAGGAAAAUAUAUAGUUUCCUCGGGGCGUUCUAACAUCUCUUUGUAUCAAACUCUUUGUAAAUGCUCCACUAUUGCAACGAUCCCACAUACGACUCGUCAAAAUUCCUGUGGACCAUGUGCAUGCAAGUUCAACGGUUUGGAUGUGGAGUUCCAGUUCCCAGUUCCUGUUGUAAGACCAGUUCUCGCAGCGAAGGGGGAUCUUGUCGAAAGCCCGGAUCAGGCUGCAAUUCCGGAUCCUGCUGCAAUUCCAGAUCCUGCUGCGGACUAUGUGGCCCCUGUGGGCAGUGCUCGAGUGGCUGUGCUACCUGCUGUACCUCCUGCUGUGGGAUAUUCCCCGAAACAUGCUGUGGCCCGUGGUGUGAGUCCUGCCUGGAUCCUGCCUGGUUCUCCUGGCUGGCCCCCAAUAUCUGCGGGUCCUGCUGCUUUGCUUGCAUGCCCUGCUGUCGACCGAAGUGCUGCUGAGACUUAAAUACUGGGGCAUUUUUGUGGCGCUGGGGAAUUUGUGGAGUAUACAAAGAAAUAAACUUUAUUUAAUAAAUUCAAUUGUUAAAAAUUUAAA